AUAAACAAGUCUGCAGAGCGAAGAAUCAUUCUAGUGAGAAGAUACACUACGAACAAGUCAAAAUGGUGUCCAAGGUUGUGAUCCUCUGCGCUUUCGCCCUUCUGGUUCAGUCCAUCUCCGGACAGAGGAGCGGUUGUUGCGGGUCCGGCCGCUCCGGCAGAUACGGCGGCUCCGGCUGUGGCUGCUCAUGCGGCGGCUCUCGAAGCUCCGGUAACGUCUACGCUAGCUCCAUCAACAUCCCCACCAGCGGCGGCGACUUCGUCGUCACUAGCGUCGGCCCCAACUCCCCCUCCGGCAUCUCCGUCUCCUCCGACCUCAGCCUGGAUGGAGACUUGGAUGUCUACGGAGUACUGCCCUUCCUGAGCGCCGUGGAGUUCUCUGGCCAGUACGAUACUCAAGGUUCUGGCUGCGUGGACUACAGCUGCGGCACCUGCGGGAACGUGGCCAUCACCAGUGUGCAGGGCAGCUCCGGCUGCGGUUGCGGCUCCAGCUGCGGCUGCGGCUCCAGCUGCGGCUGCGGCUCCAGCUGCGGCUGCGGUUGCGGACGCUAAGAUGUCAACUUAUAAAUUCCACUUCUUCAAGUUGUUUUCUUGGGUGAAUUACUGCUUAUUCAGACCUUUGUGCAAUUACAUUUGAGCUGAUUGAUUAAAAUUUAUUACCCA